AUGGCCGUAGCAAUCAACCAUGUGAUGCUGGAAAAGCUUCUUCACGACAUCCAGGAAAUACGGGUCCGGACGCUGCACGAUAUCGAGAACAAACUUAAACGGGCACUCUGGGAAAACGUUGAGGUGUGCUUCAACGCAGCGUCCCUGUUCAAAAAUCUCAUCCGCUGGUUUGGACAGAACCCGAUCUGCGAGGAGGUUACAGUGCUGGAAUUGAUGUCGCUUCUCCUGACAAGCAAGUAUGGAGCGGACAUCGUACAGUAUUUUACCGUCGAGCGGAUUGCGAAGGAGUUGAACAAAAUCCGUUACCUCAUCGGAACCACCGUGGAGUAUGACGAGCUGGUGGAGAAUCUUAUCAAGCAAGUGCGCAACUUUAAAGCGGUUCCCUCGGCAACGGCCGCGAGUGAUAAAAGCGUUACCGACGUUGCCCACAGUUUGGGAAGCUUAAAGCUCGACACCAUCGAUCUUACGGAAUCUUCGCACGGCCGCGUCGAGGAACGGAUUACCCGUUCAGAGGAGGAUCCAACGUUCUACACUGCGUGCUGGGAAGUGCCUACUCCGAAUGUAGCCAGUGUUUUGCAGUGUUUCAACGAUUCUCUGCGGGAGGCUACCGAUGCGGAUGACCCAAACCUACAGCACGCCCUGAGCUACCUCGGUCCAUACAUCCAGGACUAUCCGGCGGAGUUUUUUCUUCAACCACCGUACAUUUUCCUUUCACUGCUGCGGUUGGUGCACGAUCGAAAAGUGCCCGUCCGUAAAGCGUUCACAAUGCUACUACAGUUGGUCUAUUCGCUCGAGGGGCGAGUUCGGGAGAAGAAACUCACCGUAAUGCACAUGCCCAACGACAAUGGGGCAACGGGAGAAACGGGCCGCUGCCCGGCCGACAUUCGCAAAGUACAGAUAUCGGUGGGCGCAUUCGUUUAUGAGCUGUUCCAGCUGGGAAUUGAAUUGUCCAAAGAACUCGCCACCGAUCUCGACAUGGGCUCGUCAAAUAUGAUCUUCGCGGUGCUGUAUCGAUUGACGGAGCUCUUGGAUGAGGAUGACCAUUUCCCUGCUCACCGAUACGUGGAGUUGCGUCGCGAGAUGGGUUACCUGAUCAAGCACUACCGGCAGGAGUGGGAAUCGAACACGACCAGUGUGUCCGCUCGCCUUCGCUAUUUGAUCAGUUUGCAAGUUAUGCUCAACGUGGUAGACGCUGGGCCCAAGAUCGAGAACGAGAACCUGGUGCAACAAACCGGCGCCCAGCCAAUCUACAAUCCUGCCGAUUACGCGACGAUGAACUCAACCGGGCACCGCCAAGCGCUGGAGGAAACGGACAGCUGUUGGACGAACGAGUUGCACCUGGCCCGGUUGGACUAUCCGAUGCAGAUCGCUUGCCCGGAGCUGUACACCGAGCUGUGGGUUGAAGGGUUUUCCGAGGUCAACCAAACCCUCUGCACACUGGCCUUGGUCAGGGAGUACUUGAAACCGGCGGUAGAAAUGCUGCGCAAUGGUCCGGGCAUGGACGAGCUAACCAAUGCCGAGAUACUGAACCGGGGACUAUAUGCAAUUAAGACGCUCCACUUGCAUCGAUCGACCGAUUUGGUACGUGUGCUCAUGAUUGCCGUCGGCAGCUGCUUCAUGACCGAAGACGAAGCUACUCGCGAGGCAAUGGAAUCCGUUACGCUGCGUCUUUUGGCCCACGGAGACGAGGAGAUACGAUGUGAAGCAUACGAUCUGUGCACGGGUAUGAUGAAGGAAUUCGUGGGCCAGCUCGACGAGGAUUCGAUCAUGACGCGCCGAAGCCUGUUCUCCAAAACCGCCCCCAAACUACGAUCGCUCGGUAUCCCACUGUCCCUCGAGAUCGUUACUGAGAUCACCUGCUUCGGGUAUCCUAGCAGCAACACGAAGAUCCGUCGGUGUGCUGAGACAAUGCUACUGCUCCUAUGCAACUCGCGAGCAUUUUUGCGCGAGAAGUGGACGGACGUGCAGGAGCUAUUGCUGCCGAUUGCACCUCUGCUGCAGGCCGCCACGAUCGGGGCCACCGAUACGACGCUGCGCAAAGCCGUGAUGGGGCUGUUCCAUCCGGACUGUGAGCUCCCGUUGCUCAACGUACUGCAGGGAAACCUGCGGAUGCUGUUUCACGAGGACGGCAAGGUCCGGGAGGAAGCCCUCACGCGCGUCCUCUUUCUGCUCAGUUCGACCGGGCAGGCGGGCCGAUUCGUGCCACGUAUCGAGCACAUCAGCGACACCAUUCCGAGUGGGGUGUGUUUGCUAAAGAUGCCUUAUGACAUCGGCAAGCAUCAGGUGUCGGACGUUUACGAGGUGAGUGCGGUCCGACCGCUGCUCGAUACGCUCGAACAGGAGGAAUGUGAUCCGGGACUGCGCCGGAGUGCUCUUGUCCAGCUAAACGCCAUGGCGCAAGAUCCACUGCUGUGCGGGCUCAUUCACAAUGCAUCCGGCUGGCCAAUGGUGCUGAAGGCGCUCUAUAACGCACUCCACUCCGAUCACCAGCAGCGGAUCGAUUACCCGGAUGCCGCCAUCCCCGCCAUCGGCAUCCUGACGAAGCUCUGCUUUACCGUCACCAGCUUCCGCCGGUUUCUCGGCACCAACGAAACGGCCUACGAGCUGAUCGUACGUUCCCUGCUCGCAUUCCACCACAUGCCCGUGUUCCGGGUCGAAUGUUGCGCCCUGCUCUAUCUGCUCCUGUUUGCCGACUACACCUUCGGUGCGGGGCGCAUGAUUUCACUGCCCAGUCUGUGCCAAUCCGGUUCGUUCCGUACCCCGUUCGUGUGCGCGUUUCACUGGCGCUUCAGCCCUUUCCGGGAGGUGAGCCCUCUGGAGGAACUGAUGGUCGGCCGAACACCCUCGACUGAUGACGCACGCGAGGGAGAGAGUAUUCUGCGUCUCGAAGCCGAUACUUUGGAGCCGUCGGAGACACUAGAAAACAACAUCGGCGAACGGCAAGCGGUGCUUCAGUUCAUACGCUUCGCAUUUGCCGAUCUCUGGUUCGAUGGGAUUGACAACAUGCUGGCUCAACUAUCAAGCGAUCGGCGAGCAGCAUGCGCCAGUGCCGGACAUCAGGAGGAGCACCUUGCUCCAAUCGUGUAUCGCAGCGACGGAAAGGAGGCCGAAAACCGGUUAGCACUGCGGUUUGAUAGUGUCCUUCGACUGACGAAGCAGGAUGUGCAGCUGCUGAAGGUGACGCACAUUAGUUCGCGUUUUCGGAAGAACCUGCGAGCGAUCGUUGCGGCCAAAUCACACGCGGAUGUGUUCGGUGCGUUGGCCACGUUCGAGGGCAACCUGCUGCUUCCGAUACCGCUGAAAAGUUACUCCUCGGAGCAGGUGAUUCGAGCGCUGACUCGCUUCGUUGUCGCACCACCGUCCACCAGCAUCGAUCAGCAGCUACUGAGCGAGGUCAUCACCUUGAUUGGCGGUUUGAUCGAGUUGCACAACACACGGAUACUGGACUGGGUGCUAGAGUUGCUGGCGAAUGAGGCGAACAUUUUCCUGCUUCUUCUCCGUUCGGACGAUUGCAGCAUCGAUCUCUACUCCAGCGUAAUCAAUCUGCUGCGUAUCGUACUGUUGAUGAGCAACCGUGGUGCCGACAAGAAGGACCACCGGAAGAUCUGUUGGACGGUGGAUCUCGUUCGCACCGUCCACCAGCUGCUCGAGGCGGGCCUGCUCAAGUGUGAACUUGUGCGCAUAAUUCCCCUGCUCGAACUGAUUCGCCUGUUGGUCGAACAACUCGAUCGCGAGCGCAUCGGAGCGAUCGACGAUUUGAUUGGGAAACUGCUACUCUACAUCCUCCACGUCCGUUCCACGAGCUACACCGGUUCCACGAUCGUACGAAUGUGUCUGCUGACGAUUGCCGACCUGCUCGAGCCCUUGCCGACCGGCGUGAAGAUGCAGUGGGGCACAUCCUCAGUGAAAACGGUGUCCACACAGUGCAGUCACAGUAGCGUCCUGGUGAGGGCCUGUGCCUGGAACGUGCUGGCCAAGAUUGCUCGUACGGUGGACGGAGCAAGUGCGAUCGUGCGCGACUGUGCAUAUCUGCCCGGGGGUAUACAUGCCAGCUGCCUGAGUACACUGCUCGACCCCCACGAAGCGUGUCUGGUGAAGGAGUCCGCCGCGGGUCUGCUGAUCAGUCUGCUGUCCCAUCGCGAUGGUAAGGAGGAUCAGCUGCACGCUUCCGUGCAACCGGUCGAUGCUCGAGCGACCAAAGCAAGUGCCAUCGACCCGGAGGAUUCUCUCCGAAUGGUGUGCCUUCUGUUGAGGAAGUCACGCUUCUUCGAGGAAUCGGUCCGCUCCCUGGAGCACUUUACGGCUCGCGAAACGCUAGACGUACUGGGGGAGUGCGAUGCGGUAACGCUCGUCACACCCGAACUGGCCAAGACCUAUGCCCUGAUCUACCGUGCGCUGGUGGAGCUAAUGCCGACGUCGUUCAUUCCGAUGGUACGCGAAAAGGGCUGCCUGCAGGGUUUGGUGGACUGCGUCGCUAAGGUACCACUGAAACCGACCCGCAACGCCCUGCUGAUGGUGGCCGAAGUGUGCAGUCUGCUGGUGCAGUGUAUGGACAGUGCGAACCGGAACCUCGUGGCUGAAUUGCUAACGCUCAAUCAGGCAUUCAUCGGCGGUAUCACCUACCUGCUCGAUCCGACCGUCUACGAGGACUUCGAGGAUGAGGAUGAGGGCGUCGAAGGUGGCGUUCUACAGUGCACCACUAGUGCCAUCAUGCGACUGGUUUCUCACGUUUUGAGAACGUGCGCCGGCAAUAGUCUUAUCAACUGCGUGCUCGCUCAUCUCGACGUGAAACCGAUCGUGUGGACCAUCGCGAACGGCAUCCGGAGCGGUGUCAAAGCGUAUCAAAUUACGUGCCUCGAAUAUAUGCUGGUGAUUGCCCUCAUGUCAAGGAUCAAUCCAGCAGUAGCUCCCGAAUUCCCAAGCUUCAUGGCAAUCCUGGACAGUGCCGAUAUGAUGCGCACCGACUCCCCGCGUGAGCAUUCCAUCGACUCCGAGGACGACUCUGGGGACGAAAACAUCGAUCCGAAUCAGCCACGGAGGCACCAGAAAACGGCCGGCAAAGCGACACCCGCCGAUAGGCCCGCUCCGUCCGAGGCGACGGUGGCCAGCAACAGUGGGACGGGCGUAAUUUUUACCGCCAUCCUCGAACAGUUUGAGACGUUGUCUUUACACGAGGAAGCCGGUAGGUCGUUGACGAAUGCGAUGCACAAACGGACGCUCUUCCCGGCGGUCCUGAUGUUGCUGCAGUAUUCGCCCCAAUGUCGCCGCGUGGCCUGGGAGCGUAAUUUGCUGGCCAUGAUCGUCGAUCGGUUUAACACCAUCUACGAGGACGUGCUGGGAAAGCUGAGCUGCCCGGAAUUUGUCCGCCGAUACGGGGAAGCCAAGAAACGGCCCAUCGUUGAGGAGCUAUCGAUGCAGAUCGGGAUGCUGGCGUACUGGUUCCGUGCCCCGGCCGAUGUGGCGCAACUGCAGCCAGACCACAUCGCGCAGCUGUGCAGGAUUGUGCUACAGUUUUGGCCUUGGCUCAGCAACAACCACGAUCUGGAGUUAAACUUCGUGCGGGCGCUGGCCUUUUUGACCGAGGCAUCGAUUAUGGUCUGCAAAGCGUUGGUCGCUCCGGUGACCGGGUUCCCGCACAGCAUCCUCAAGCUGCUCAUCGUCACGGUCACCAGCGAAACGGGGCGCGUGAAAGGUCCGAAGCACUGCCUGCGGUUACUCAAGUUUGCGUUGCGCGUGCUGGGUAACUGCUGUUCCUGCCACGAGGGCCGCAGCACGAUCGGCAAGCUGAACGUGAUCGACAACAUUAGCAAGCUGCACCCGAGCGUGACGAAGCUGAAAGAUCCGUGGCCCGAGGUGACGCGCCUGUGGCUCGAGUUUUGGGCGAUCUACACCUGCUACAGUGACAUCAGUGAAGUGCGACACCUGACCGUCCUCGGGGCGCUGGUUCGCAAGUCUAACUCCACACUGCGCCUUCUGUCGAUGUCGAUCGUGCGCAACCUCACGUUCGUCCCUGCCAACCGGUCCGCGCUGUUGGCAUCGGCGGACUACAUGUUUAUACUGCAGAGUGCCCUCCAGCAAACGAGCCACCCGGAGGAGCAGCUGGUCGGAGCGGUCGCGGUGUGGAAACUGAUUGCCAACAGUCACAAGGGACGGGUCGCGGUGAAGAGCAGCCCGCUGGUGCGCAUGUGUGGCGCUCUGUGGAAACACUACGCCCUGAAGGAUGUCGCCCGGGCGGACAGUACGGGGUGCCGCACGACCGAAGAACUGUGGAACGUACUGGCCACGGUGCGCCGCAUCUUGGAGGAUGCAUGAUCAGGUGGCGAACGAUAUA